CCCAAUUGAAAAAAAGUUAUCCUUCGUAUCGCGCGCGCUUGCUUAUGAAUCUCAGCUCUUCAUCUAACGUCACCUCAACUGUUCUUGCUGAAUAACUAACUGAUCUGGCUGUGUUCCUCGGAACGACUAUCACGCCGAUGAUAUACGAUUCCGCCGAGAUGGGCAUAUUGAGGCUCUCCCUGCAAGUUGGGUUGGUGCACAGGACUCCGGCGAUCAUUAUAUCUUUGUGAUCUGGAACGCAGUUUCUUGAUUGCAACUACCAUUCUCACCACACCUAACUCAUUGUAUUCUCAGUCAUGCGUAUGCUAUUGCUCUCCACUCUUUUCGCCGCCAAUGGAGCAGCAUACGACUCGCUGCUCGGCUUCGAUGCCACCGCAAAGGUCGAAACACGAUCCAUCGACCAGAUCUACAAAGCUGCUCUCAAGGAAGGCGGCGUUGUAACAUCCUGGUUCGGCGGCGAUGAAAAGAACCAGCAAGACGCAGUAAAGAAGGCCUUUGAGGCAGCCUUUCCCGGCGUAACUCUCAACCUCACUGUUGAUGUUUCCAAGUAUCAUGGUGGCAACAUUGAUGAACAGCUCGCUAGCAACAACGUCUACGUCGAUACCGUUGCUCUACAGACGACGCACGACUUUCCGCGUUGGAAGGAGGAGGGCGCACUGCUUCACUAUGCCCCUGUUGGAUUCGACAAGAUCUAUCCCGAUUUCCGGGACAUCGAUGCCGCUUUCUAUGGUUACAUGGGUAUUGCGUGGCAGUUUGUCUGGAACUCGGACAAGUUGAAGGGCAAGAAGGCGCCUGCAGAGUUCCCGGAUUUUCUUGCGCCAGAGUACAAAGGUAAGCUUGCCUUGACGUAUCCCAACGACGAUGACGCGAUCCUCUUCCAGUUUGACCUGAUUCUCAACAAGUAUGGUACUUCUUGGUUCAAGAAGCUCAUCGGGCAAAAGCCCCGCUGGGUCCGAGGCACAGCCACCGGCGCAACACUUGUCGGCGACCCCAAGUCCCCCUACGUUGCAACUUUCACCUCAGCUCUUGGUCUGACCACCGGCACGGGCUCUCUCAACGCUACAUUUCCAAAGCAGAGCAACUUUGUCUCAUGGCCGCAGCACACUGCCAUUCUUAAGGACGCACCGCAUCCUGAGGGCGCUAAGCUGCUGCAGAACUUCUUGCUCAGCAAGGAUUUCCAGAAGACGAAUGGAUUCUGGCCUGUAAGGAGUGACGUUGCUCCGGCGGCAGGAUUCCCUGAGCUUAACAAUCAGCCCCAUACGAACCCGGGUGCUUUUGCCAAGUUUAUGAGCAACCGGGAGAGGGUUGAGAGGCUGAGGUUUUGGUUUGAGAAGAGGCUCGGUACUGCACAAGGUCUUAGCCCGCUGGAUGAUGAUUUGUAAAUCUGAAUGGGUGGAGUUGUAACACUAGCCUGUUCACUCGACUCCUAACAACCAUUAUCCUGCAGAAUUAUUCUUCUUCGUAUCUAUUGAGGCGAGAAACUAUAUAAAUCUAGGAUCUAAGAAGGGAUAGUUAUUAUUCAUAUUGGUAUGUUUACAUAUAAAUUUUGUCGUAUCAGAUAAUAUACACAUAGAAUGUUAUGCAAUCGAGCUCUGCCAGUUAAGAAUGAAAACCGAAAUGUCUGCUAUAGAAUUAUAAGAGAUAUAUGAAUAAUAUAAGUGAUAAUAGUUAACGUAUGUACAUAGCGAGUGAAACACUAACGUGAAUGAUAAGCU